UAAUCCGCAAGGCGUCCGGCGCACGAAAUCCCGCGCCUUCCUUCUCUCUGUCUCUCUCUGCCUUCUAAGUUUCAUCCAAAACCAAAUCCAAUCGAAUCGAAUCGAAUCGCCGUUUAACUUCCCAGGCACAACUGCUCAUUCAUAACCAACUUCUUCUUCUUCUUCGCGCUCGCCUGAAACACACCAGUCUCUGAAUCCCCUGCUCGCGUUUCGAAUCGUGUGAUCCUUGUGGAGAGGGAUCGCGAUCACAAGUUCGUUUGUCUUGUCGCUUAACAGGAAUUCGACACACCGGGAUAGAAGAUGCUGGGAGAGUUCAUCUCCAGAGGACUUGUAAUGGUUCUGGGGUACGCCUACCCUGCGCUUGAAUGUUUCAAAGCUUUAGAGGGGAACAGAGUUGAGACGGCAGACCUUCGCUUUUGGUGUCAAUAUUGGAUUAUUAUAGCAAUUUUGACGGUGAUGGAGAGAUUUGUUUCAUGGGUUCCAAUGUAUGACGAGGUGAAGCUUGCAGUGAUCAUCUAUUUGUGGCAUCCGAAAACCAAGGGAACUGGGUAUAUCUACGAGACAUUCUUGCGGCCGUACGUGGCGAAGUACGAGCCCGGCAUGGACCGGAACUUACAGGAGGUGAGGGCGAGGGCGUGGAACGUGGCCCUGUACUAUUGGAAAAACUGCACCGAGCUGGGGCAAUCAGCCUUUGUAGAUAUUAUGGACUAUUUGGCUCAUGGGAAGGUUUCAAGAUCGAGCAAGAAGGACAAGAAGAAGUGAAGUUGCAGCUUGGAUUAAUUCAAAUGGGAGCAAUACUUGUACAGAAAUGUUUGUCUAAAACAAACCAUACCUAGUUUUGUACUUCUAUUGUUAUGCUUAGAAUUACUUGCCAAGAUCUUUAAUUGAUGUUGUGAGUGAGGAUCAUCUUUAUUCUUGUUAAGAUAAAUAUCAUUUUUAUUAGAUUUUAUCGUCAAACGUUAUGUCUA